GCCAUCCACCUCUUGAGAAAAUGGACUUGUCAGAAUCAUUCUUUUGCUGCUUUUGAUGUGUGAGCUGUAGGAGCAUCACAGACGAUGGUCACUGUGGGAGGACCAUCCGUGGUGUUUUUCUUUCCAGUACACAUCUUGGGAGUUUCAUCUGUUAUGGAGGCCUGAAAACAAGUGAAUGAAUCCACCACACGUUGAGUGUCUGUGUUUGAGCAUCCAUGCCAGGCAUUGUCUGAGUGCUCGGGGUACAGAGAGGAGUUGGGCUUUGGUCCCUGACUACAGAUGGCCUACUGACUGCUGGAGGAGACAGACCGAUUAACCCACAUAGUGUAAGAACUGGGAGCUGAGCUGAGUCUUGGAGGGAAGCUAGGUGAGAGGCAACCAGCGAUGGAAGAGUUAAUAGUCGAACUUCGUCUGUUCCUUGAACUCCUGGACCAUGAGUAUCUGACGUCAAGUGUCCGAGAAAAGAAGGCGGCAAUCACUGACAUGCUGCUGAGGAUGCAGCCACCCAAAGGUUUCGAAGUGAAAGAUCAUGCUCAGAAGCUGGAGACGCCCAACAGCCUGCCAGCUCCCCCGCAGAUGCCUCUGCCCGAGAUCCCUCAGCCAUGGCUGCCACCCGACAGUGGACCACCGCCGCUGCCCACGUCCUCCCUCCCCGAAGGCUACUAUGAGGAAGCCGUGCCCUUGAGCCCCGGGAAGGCUCCGGAAUACAUUACAUCAAGGAGGCCGGACCACGCCCCCGCGGAGCUGCCUACACCCAGCCCAGGACUCAGCGUUGACAAGGGAGAUGCCCCAGCUGGAGCCGGAGACACUGAGGGCCCCGUGGCUGCCCCAGGCUGCAAGGAGGCCAGCGACGUGUGUGAGCCGCAGCCGUGCCCAGCGCGCAACCCCAGCCUGCAGAGUGUGCUGGCAGCUACUUGCCUUCCGCCUUCCGGAUUGCUCACAACUCCCUCUGGUGGCCACCCAGAGUCAUCCAGGAAAGGGGAUCUGGGGAGAUGUCAUUCCAGCCUUGCUAAGUUGAUGCAGUAUAAAAACCACCAUCGUUUAUCUUGUUUCAAUUUGGCAUCCAUGCACACCUCUUUUAACUACAUCCAAUUUCCAAAUAAAGACAAAGGCAGAGUCACGGUUCAGCAGAACAGGAUUCAACCAUCACCCAUAUGAUGGAAAACCCCCUAGCUCCCCCAGAGGAUGCAAAGUCCCUUUUCCAUUCAGGGUGACAUCCAUUUUCUUCUAGCUGAGGAAUAAGAAUUGAGAUCCAAGGCCGACUGUUAGCACUGCUGAUGUCGGACACAGGGGGGGAGAGGCAUUCGCUUAUACACAGACAAAUGCUUCCGUUUCAAAGUCAGGAAUGAAGAUUCCCACCUGGUUUAGUCCUUUCAGGGCGGCCUGCGGCCCUGACCAGUGGGUGUGACUUCCUUCAUGUGCCCUUUGCCUUCAGCAAGCACCUGGGUUGUUCGUCUGAUAAGAUGGCUCAUUUUUCCUUCCUCAAAGUCUGGGCCUUUGGCAGGACUGCCUGCGUGGGAUGGUUGUGAUUUUCCACUGACUCUACUCACAGGGCAGGGGGUACCAAGGGACAAUGAGGGGUCCCCUACAUGCUCCUCCUCCUCCCUAGGUGGUCAGACCAGUCACCCCUUCUUUGCCUGUUGUCCCCACUUCCAGGUUAAUGGAGCAAGUGCUAUAUCCUUUGGAGGGAAUAUUCUGUCCUUAGAAACUAAGAUCUGAGGGCUAGCAGAGCCAGAAUUUCAGGGAGGGAGGCAGUAGUGAGGGGAACCUCUACCAUUCUCAUCCCUGGGUUCCCAGGCCUGUGAAUCCUGGCUCUGGGAGAAGCAGCCGACUGGGGCAGGGCACAUGUGCUAGAAGAUAUUCUAGAAGACAGCAGCCCCUGGUGCCAGGUGGGACCAGUCUAGCUGGUCAUGAAACUGAAUGUCCACAGGGACAUUCUGCAGGUCUGUUGUGUCAGCUGUUUUAGGGUGAUGGGGACGUGGCAAGACCAGUGAAUUUUAUGAGCACGAACCCAUAGCUAUAAACUUCAUUUACUGUACAUUGAAUUCUGUGGUUGGAAGCAGUGCUGUGUGGGGUCCGUGAUGGUGACUAGGGUGUUCCAGAGACCAUGGGCACUGCUUUUGACAGCAUUGUGCACAGGAAGGCAAGUGCACUUUAAUUUUGUCCCAGUCAGAGUAAACCGCCCCUUCUAAGCUGGAAGGGGUCCAGUGACAACCCGCUGCUUGUGGCUGGUUGUGACCCCAGGGAGCAGCAUUCUGCACAGGCAGGACACUCAGAAGUGCCAGGGUCAGAUUAAUCCUCAUGAGUGGCAGUCCGUGUGGUUGAGUCUCAUGUGUGACCUCCACUCUGGCCACCCUGGCCACUUGUGCAUGCGUCCAUGCAGACAGAAAGUUUGGGAAAGGGGUUUGCCAAUGCCUGUGUAACGGGUCAUGUUAUUUACUUGGUGACAAAGACCUUCCACUGAGGUUGCUCUUUGCUAAGCAUUCGCCUGGUCUGUUCACAGACUUCUCUGCAGACCCCCUCGCUACUAGUUCCUCUAAAGUCUUGACCGUCCACACAAAGCGUCAGGCUGUGCUCAUGCAUCACUGUUGAGAGGAGGAGGCCGUGCAGCAGGAGGGCCUCGGGCCUCUGUGCUGCUAGGUCAUGCACCUUGCUCCCGUGUCUGGGCCUGAUGGGGCUUCUAGAGAGGCAGACCUGACAGUCGGGCGCUUCUUGAUGGGUCAGGGAACCCAGAGUCUGUGUUCGGUGGCCGAGGUUGCAUUACGACUUGGUGCCCGGGACCAAGCAUUCAGCCUCUACUAGCACACUAGGUCGUCAGUGAGCCAGAAGCAGUUUCUCAACAGUGAACGGAUUGUCUUCAGAGGUCUGCAUAGCUGGGCCCUGAGAUCCUUAAGGCCGGCCUGAGCUCACCUACAGGAGCCUGCUGACGGCUUCCACUACCGAUUUCUGUAACAGGGUUUGAUUGGAGAAGCAGAAGUGCUAUGAGGUGGGACAGAAGAUUCAGUGUUGGUCCAGACCUCACGCAAGUGUGGGGGCCGCUGUGGAAGUCAGUGGAAGGCUAUUUCCUGUGCAUCUGGUCAGAACAACAGUCUGGAAGAAAAGUUGGACUUGAACGAGGAUGCGCUGCAAUCUGCAAGGACAAACUGCAGCCCAUCUGUCUUUCACCCCUUCCAAACUGGGUGACGCAGGUGACCCACGGAAGGUACCAGGGCUCCUGGCUAUGGAGUCAUGUGUGCGCCUGGCUGGGAGGUGAGCCGUCAAAGUAGAAGGCCCUGCAGCAGAUGAGGGGCGUCCAGUCACAGCCUCAGACGAACAGAGUGGGUGACAGAUCCUCUGGGACAGGCCCAGCGGCCCUCACUGACCUUCCGCGUGUAUUGGCUGCCGGUCCCUUUCUGCUGUCCAGUCGCUCACCAAGUCCCCCUGUGGCAGCCCUAAGCCAGACCAGUCCUGGCAAACGUGCUCCAGCUUGGCUCAGCUGACAGCGACAGCCCUGCCGACCCUGCGGGCCUUCGGGCUUCAGAUUUACAUUCCAUUUUAUUUUCGGUUUCCUAGUUCCCCUCCUUGUACUCCUCUCCCUCCUCAAGGGCAGUUGGCUGAAAUGCCAUUUUUUAUUUUAUGGUGUAUGGGUAUAUGCUUGAAAUAUGCAAUUUUAUAUAGUUCAAGUAAUGGUUCUUUGGCUCCGCCAGGACUGCGCGGUGAUGGCAGCUCCUGCCCGUAAGACCAGUGUCUGUGUGGAAGAGCAUCUCCUGACCAGCAACACCCCCUGAGCACAAAGACCCACUCAGCUCUCUUGCUGACGCUGGUUGGCCUCCUCGUCCUGCACCAAGUGUAGACAUCUGCACGGGACGUGCGGGGCUGGUGGUUCCUAAUCACGCCCUCUCUGGCUUUGCCCCAAAUACAGCCCUCCAUCCCUCUCCCUGGGAGCUCCUGUACCACUCACUCAAGGUCCAGAGGUCAUCGGUGGUCCACCCCCAAUCCCACUCUGGGUCUUUCUUCAUUGUUCACAAAGGCCUCGUUAUCGCCAAACAUCAUCCAAGCCCCAGCCCCAGAGAGUGACUCCUUGAAGUACGCUUAGAGCCGCCGGGAGGUGCGCGGAACGAGCGCAGCACGAGAGGUUCUGCUCCCUGCUGGGGUGCUGCCCAAGACGCUU